AUGAGUUAUACAAUUGAUCGAUAUCUGCUGGUACUAUUUGUAACCUUUUUGCUAUGCAUGAAAACAUCGUUGUCCAGUUCAGAAUCCUUGUCCAAAGAUCACAUCACCACGAGGUGCAUUGAGAGGGAGAGAAAAGCUCUUCUGGUGUUUAAACACGGUGUUUUCUGCCAUGCAGGCAAACAUGAUUUUCUUCAUUCAUGGAAGAAUGAGGACGGAGAUUGCUGUAAGUGGGAAGGUGUUGGCUGCAAUAACAACACCGGUCAUGUAACUCGCCUUCACCUUUCUUCUCUUAUCUCACCAUGUUACACGAAUCCAACCGGUCUUGGUUGUUUUAGUGAUUCAUUGCUUGACUUACCAUAUCUUAAAUACUUAGACAUCAGUCAGAAUUGCUUUGCAGAAUUUCCCAGGUUCAUUGGUUCUCUCACAAAGUUAGUUCACCUUGAUUUCUCACAAAAUCGUUUAAGUGGAUCUAUACCCUUCCAGAUUGGGAACCUCACUUACUUGCAGUAUCUGAAUCUCAGCUAUAAUGAACUUGAUGGUUCUAUCUUAAAGUUAAUUGGCUCACUUGACAACUUACGAUACCUUGAUCUUUCUUCUUCUUAUUUCAUCUCAGGAUAUAUUCCACAUGAGCUUGGGAACCUCUCUAAGUUGCAGCAUCUUGAUCUUGGUUAUACUUAUGCUCAAACAGCUGGUUUCAACUCAGUGUGGUUAUUAAAUCUUUCUUCAUUGACAUACCUUGACUUGAGUGGUAUCAACAUUGCCCCUUCUAGUAUCUGGCUAAGUGUUCUUCAGAGGAUCCCUUCCAUAUCAGUUAUGCAUCUAAACUACUGUAAUCUCUCGGGGCCAUCUUCUAGUUCAAGCAAUUUUUCUUCCUCUAUUUCUAGCCUUCAUCUUGAAGAAAAUAACAUCGAUUCAUCAAUUUUUAAUUGGCUUUCUCACUUCAGUGUCAGUCUGGUAGGGCUUGGCCUCCGUCAUAACUUGUUAAAAGGUAGAAUUCCAGAGUCUUUGGGUCAUAUGACCGCUCUAACAUAUCUGGAUCUCUCUGGAAAUCAGUUACAUGGCGUGCUUCCAUAUUCCAUCCGUCAUUUAACUAAUUUACAAGUCAUAGAUUUCAGUGCCAACAAUUUCACGGGGAACCUUGAAGAUGUUUUAUUUGGACCGUUUCCUCUUUUGCAAGAAUUCUUAGUAUCUGAAAACCAACUUACUGGUUCACUGCCUGAUAUCACAGUACUUUCAUCCCUCAGAAAACUGGAAGCAAGCUCGAAUCAUUUAAGUGGAUACCUACCACCAGUUUUUGAACACCAUUCAGAUCUACAAUUAUUGGAUUUGUCCAAUAAUCAUUUUAGAGGCUCUUUACCAUAUUUCACAGGAUUUUUAUCUCUGGAAUCAUUAUAUCUUUCUAGUAAUGAGUUUUCUGGGAGUCUUCCUCAUUUUACUGGAUUGUCAUCCUUAAAAUUUUUACACCUUGAUAAAAAUGAUUUCUCUGGUGUGCUUCCUGAUUUAAGCGGAUGUUUGUCAUUGCAAGAACUGAGACUUGGUGAGAAUAAACUGACAAAAUGGGAAACUCAGUCAACCGGACUCCUCUCCAGUCUUGAAGAGCUAGACCUUUCAAUGAACUCCAUGUGCAGUACAAUCAAUGAAGAACAUUUGUUCAAUCUUUCUAGCUUAAAGUACCUGAGUACAUCAUUUAAUUCUCUGACAUUUGAGUUCAAUUCUGAAUGGCUUCCACCUUUUAAACUUCGGGACCUUUCUUUGGCAUCAUGCAAGUCGGGGACAAAUUUCCCGAACUGGAUUCGAAAUCAAGAAUUCAUUGGUCAUCUUGAUAUCUCUAACAACCAAAUCUCAGAUACCAUCCCUACAUGGUUCGGGAAUCUCUCAAGUGUAGCACAUCUAAAUCUCUCUUCCAACAAAAUUAGGGGCAAGUUUCCUUUUAAUUUUUUUUUAAUCCAAGAUAUUGAUUUGAGUUCAAACUAUUUUGAUGGACCGCUACCAGCAAUUUCAGUGAACUGUCUCAAAAUAAAUCUAUCUCAGAACAAAUUUUCAGGAACACUCCUUUCCAUGUUAGUUGUUAAAGACUUCCCAUUAAGGUUUCUUGACAUCUCGCAUAACCAAUUGUUUGGUGCACUACCAGAUAAAUGGAUGCAUUUACAAGGUCUAGUGUUCCUUAAUUUGGAAUACAACAAUUUUUCUGGUAGAAUUCCAAAGUCAAUAGGGUGUUUAGUUUCCCUCCGGACACUGAUAUUACGAAACAAUCAGCUCUCCGGUGAUCUGCCUGUAUCCAUAAGGAACUGCAGCAGCCUUGGUUUUGUAGAUCUUGGGUUAAAUAAGCUAUCUGGAAAGGUACCGUCAUGGAUAGGGGAAGAUCUGCAACAGUUGUACGCCCUGAUUUUAAAAUCUAAUAGGUUUUAUGGAGGCCUACCUUAUGAAAUAUGUCAUUUACAAAACCUUCAUUUCCUAGACCUGUCCAUUAACAGAAUUUCUGGAACUAUUCCUACUUGCUUUGGUAAUUUUACUGCUUUCAUCCACAGAGGAACUGAAGCCACUGAGCAUCUAUACUCUUUACCAUUUACAUUGCCACGUAGAAUUGAUAAAAAAUCAAGCUAUAGUUAUUCUGAUAAUGUGUUAGCAAGAUGGAAAGGGCAGGAAUUUGAGUAUGGAAGAAAUUUCGCAUAUCUGAAGAUGAUCGAUCUGUCAACCAAUGAAUUGAGGGGAGAAAUUCCCAUAGAGAUAACCAGACUUCUACAACUCAAGGGAUUGAACCUGUCAGGAAAUAGGUUUUACGGGAAUGUUCCCAUGGACAUAGGCCAAUUAAAAGAGUUAGAAUGCUUAGACCUUUCGGGAAACAAUUUUUCUGGAAGAGUUCCAUCUGGUACUCAGCUCCAGGGAUUCAAUAUUUCCUCAUAUGAGGGUCACAUUGGACUCUGUGGUAAGCCACUCAAAAAUAUUUGUCCUGAAGACGAACCAGCUGAUCGCGUCUGGCCUGCCCCUCGUGAGUAUGAAGUAGAUGGAGAUGAUAGUGAGUAUAAGAGGUCCCUCUACAUAAGUGCAGCACUUGGUUUCAGCGCUGCCUUUUGGGGCUUUAUUGGAACUUUAGUGCUAAACCGUCGUUGGAGACAUGCAUAUUUCCUGUUUUUGUACAACUUGAAAGAACAAUUCUAUGUUGCGAUGGCUGUCCGCAUUGCCAGAUUUCAGGGAAAGGUUUAA